AUGAAGAAGAAGAGAAAAAGCGGGAAAGAUGGUUCUUUAUUGAAAGAUGUCGUCGCGAUUGGAAUUUUAAUCUGUUUUUUCCUCUUCGUGGUCUCUCUGUACUUUAAAGAACCGCGAGGACAAAGAGUGUUCGUAAAAACGAAGACGGAGAAGAAUAAAAAGAGAUUAAAAACAAAAGUUAUCGCCAUAGGGGAUGUUCACGGCGACGAGGACGUUUUGCGACGGUUACUGUUCGCGACUGGCGCGACGGAUAAAGUUUUAGGCGAGGAUGUGAAGUGGGUGAAAGAGAGAAACGAGAGAACGGUUUUAGUGCAAACGGGAGACGUGGUCGAUCGAGGGAAGGAUUCGAUUGGGAGUUUUACGUUUAUCAGAGAUAUCAGAGCGCAAGUUUUAGUACCAGGAGAUGAAGAUGAUGUGGAUAGACGGCAAAUACGGUUGCUCGUGGGCAAUCACGAGUUGAUGGCGAUACAGGCGGAUUAUCGGUUCGUCGCGAAGGAGGAGUUGGUAGCGCUCGGCGAAGCGCAAAUGGAGAAGUACGGAGAGCAGGUGAAGAUUCAUCCAGAUUCCACGAUUGGGAAGAAAGCGUUGCAAAAAGUUGGUUUGUUGAGGUGGAAGAAACUUUUUGCGCCCGAUGAGGCGUUCGGGAAAGAAAUUAGAGAGUUUGGGAGCGUGGUUACCGUAGCCGGAGAAGGGAAUUGUAAAUCUGCGUUUUCGCACGCCGGAGUGUUGCCUGAACAUUUGAAAGAAAUGAAGAUUCGUAGCGAGGAUUACGAUAAUACUGAUGACAGUGGGUUGAAAAAAAGCUUAGAUAAAGUCAUCAACGAACACUACCGAAAUAGCAGCAAAGGAGUACAAAUGUCCGGGAACAGUUGGCAAGAGCGAAGCCGAUUGCCGAGUUGGAUAAACGGAGGCGACGGCGUGUUUUGGACUCGAGAACCACCAGAUGCGUCUGAAACGAACGGCGGAUGCGAUAAGAUUAAGGAAAUCGUGGAUUUAUUAGGCGUGAAACGCAUGGUUAUUGGACACACCGUCCAAUGGCAAGGCAUGAAUUCUAUUUGCGGCGGAAAGUUGGUCCUCAUCGAUUCCGGCAUGAGCUACGCCUACGGAGGUCGGAAACGAGAAGCUUUUGUCUGCGAAGGCGUGAAUGGCGUGCCCAUGGCUGUUGAUACAAACGGGAAAAGUCGAAGAAUUUAG